UCAGUGUCUGCUUUUAGGGAGACAGUAAUUGUGAACAAAAUAUAAGGUGACAGCUGUAAUCAUGAAGUUGUGGACAUGUGUGUUGCUGCUGUGCGCGGCGGCCGUGUGCGUCACAUGUGAGCAGCCGAGUGACGAGGACUGGCUGGAGCUGGACACCCCGCAGGGACCGGUGCGCGGGCGCAGGGAUCCCGAUGCAGACCACCUCUACUCGUUCUAUAACAUACCAUACGCUACAACUCCAGUCGGCGAAAACAGAUACAAGGCUCCUCUUCCGGCACCUGUUUGGGAAACACCAUUUGACGCCGUAGACAAACGUGUCUUAUGUCCACAAACGAUAAUACAAGAUGCCCUGCCAAAAGAUUUUGUGGAACAAGAAGAUUGUCUGAUCGCAAACGUAUACGUGCCUGACACGAGAAGGAAGAAUCUCUCAGUUCUGGUAUACGUGCACGGAGGUGGUUUUGUAAUAGGUUAUGGGAAUUUCUUUAAAUUUAAACAUUUUUUGAAAACGAAAGACAUCGUUCUUGUCACCUUUAACUACCGCCUGGGAGUGAACGGUUUCCUCUGUCUCGGCACUGAAGACGCACCAGGUAAUGCCGGUAUGAAGGACCAGGUUGCCUUGCUUCGGUGGGUGCAAAAGAACAUAGCGAGCUACGGCGGGAACCCUGAUGACGUCACUAUUGCUGGCUACAGUGCUGGAUCCGCGUCAGUAGAGCUCUUAAUGCUCUCUAAAUCAGCAGAAGGUCUGUUCCACCGAGUUAUACCUGAGAGUGGAGGAGCUCUUGCGGUAUUUUCAAUACAAAGAGAUCCUUUGGAUAUUGCAAAAACGUUUGCUAAACUACUGAAUUUCACAAACGUUGAUGAUAAUAACGCUUUAGAAGAAUUUUACAAGACAGCUCCACUAGAAUUGUUAAAUUCCUAUCUCUUAACUGAGAGAUAUGAUUCUACGUUCUUAUUUUCACCAUGUAUAGAGCGUGAGACGACAAAAGACGCGUUUCUCACUGAAUCACCUUUAAGUAUAUUGCAGAGAGGUGAUUAUAGGAAGUUGCCUGUGUUGGUUGGUUUAGCUGAUAUGGAAGGACUUUUACGCAUACACUACUUUGAUGACUGGAAACAUAAAAUGAAUGAGAAAUUCUCUGAUUUCUUACCAGCUGACCUGACGUUCAAAUCCGAAGAGGAAAAAGAUGAAGUAGCAAAUAAAAUUAAGAAAUUCUACUUUGGCAACAAGCCAGUUGGAAAUGAUAACAUACUUAGUUACGUUGAUUAUUUUUCGGACGUCUUCUUUACUACGUCUAUACUUUGGGCAGUAAAGCUGUAUGCUGAGGCGGGGCAUAAACAAGUAUAUUUGUAUGAAUAUUCGUACGUGGAUGAGGAUAUUCCCACAGUACCACACACAAAUGUACGGGGUGCGGACCACGUUGCUCAAACACACGCUGUUAUGGAUGGCUUAAACUUAUUUAAUCAAAACGAAAGUCUUGCAAGCGCUGGGCGUCUGGUCAUGAAGAAGAAGGUUCGACAAUUAUGGCACAAUUUCAUUAAAACUGGUAAACCGGUGCCAGAAGGAUCGUCGCUACCAGCGUGGCCGGCGGUGGGCGCAAACUUGUCACCGUACAUGUCUUUGGGACAAGAGUUGGAGUUGAAGCACGAGCCGCUGCAGGAAACGCGCUUUAAUUUCUGGCUGGACAUCUACCAGAAGUACUACCUGGACCCUAUACCUCCACCAGCUUCUAGUGCUCAGUCACGCCAUGAAUUGUAGACAUAAGUAAUAAUUAUAGGAUAUAAAUACUUAUUAUUUUUAUAAUUAUUCAUGUCUCCGUCUAUAUAUAUAUUUUAUAGCACGAUAUUUUUUGGAACUUCGAAUUUUUGCGGUAUUAAAUAGUUUAUU